CCACACUCAAAUAAAAUUGCACUGCGCGACACCCCAAUCAAAUAUACUUUCAAUUGUAUACAUCCACCAUCGUCAAGUUCCUCAUUUCUACAUACUUCAUGACCACAAAUACGUUUACAGAGGUAUGUUUUUUUGUUCAAAGCCUUUUGGUAAAAUAAAUAGAGAAAGGGAGAGCCGAAUAAUAAAACUAUUUAGAUUUACUAUCAGACGGCAAUGGCGUGAAUCCUCUGGCGUUCCUCACUCUUUUUUCCGCUCCUUGACCCGAUGCCAAUACAUCGAAGAGUAUUGCAUCGACGCCACAUACAAGACCAACAGGGCUGGAAGUGAACUGUAUGCAAUCCUUGCUGAUGUUGGUGGUUCCGGAUAUCGCCUUGCGUAUAUGCUUUUCGAGAUGCCCAACGCUAUUACCAAUGUUGUGCCCCUGAAGACAGAGACACUCGGGCAUUUCCUCUUUGCUUUGAAGGAAAGGGGUCUGAAACCUUCGUUCAUGUUCAGUGCAAGGAUCAGCCCCAGAUGUAUGCGAUUUAGUCGACUAGGGGCGGCCGUAGCUUGCGAAUGUGUCUCUAGCACAUUCAGCGCGCCGUGGAUCGAAAAUUAGGUCGGCAGCAAUCUGCAACCAUAUAUUACGAUCCUGAGCAAUCAAAUGCAGAGUUUACUUUCGUGUUCACCGAUUUGCGCCC